AUGGUUCCCGUGACAGAACCUGAUUAUAAAAAGAAAAAAGCGAUCUACUUACCUGACCCUGCCGUGAUUUGCGAGGACAAAAGCACCACCAAGGUCAGAAUCGUUUUUGACGCUUCCUGUAAAUAUGAUGACUGGAUAUCACUAAACGAUCAGCUUAUGACAGGACCUACCUUGCAACCAGAACUUCGUCACCUCAUUAUGCGUUGGAGACAGUACCCCGUCUGUCUAGUGGCGGAUAUAGUAAAAAUGUACAGGAUGGUAAGAGUAGCCAACGAGGACACCGACUUUCAGCGCAUAGUGUGGCGCGAAAAUGCUGGAAAUGAAAUCACAGAUUACAAGUUGCUGACUGUUACUUUCGGAACUGCUUCAGCGCCCUACUUGGCAGUAAAGGCACUCAAUCACGUAGCAUGUGACCACAGAGAGCAGUAUCCUAUAGCUGCGCCACGGGUCCACCAAGAGUUCUACAUGGACGAUUUGAUGACCGGGUGCAACUAG